GCUUCUCCCCCUCCCCCCUUUUCUCCCUCUCCGGGUUUGGGCCCCUUCUCUUCCCCUCUCCCCCCUCCUUCCCGAGCCCCCUUCCCCUCCCCCGCCCCGCUCCCCUGCCUCCCCGCCCCGGGCCCGGGGAGACCCCCUCCGAGGAGAGCCCGCCCCCAGAAGCGCGCCGCCGCCGCCGGCCGUCGGGGCCGAGCCGCAGCCGAGCGGCCGUGGGCCCGGGCGGCGGGCGGACACCGGGCGCCCUCCCCGUGCUGGCCCCCGUGAGGUGGAUUGCCAGAGACGACCAACCCCUGUCCUUCCUCAGUGUCUCUCAACAGUGUACCUGAUAUAGUUCCUAAGACUCCACCUGGAUGGAGGCGCCGGCGGCAUAUCUGUGCUAGAAAUCAGGUUAAACUUGUUUCUUACGUGAGAGGCCACACCAGCACUGGACUCAUGGAGACUGAGCAUUUAUUCAGAAAUCCAUAGAAGCUGCUGUACCCUGCUGCAGAACAUGUCUAACAGUAACACUACUCAGGAGACUCUGGAAAUAAUGAAAGAAUCAGAAAAAAAACUGGUGGAAGAAUCUGUAAACAAAAAUAAAUUUAUAUCCAAAACUCCAAGUAAGGAAGAAGUCGAGAAGGAGGGUGAAGAGAACGGUCUGCGUCAGGAGACACAGAGGCGGACAUCCAGUCACGGCCAUGCCAGGAAAAGAGCCAAGUCUAAUUCCAAGCUCAAGUUGGUGCGCAGUCUGGCAGUGUGUGAGGAAUCAUCCACUCCGUUUGUCGAUGGACCACUGGACACCCAGGAUAUAAUCCAACUGCACAUCAGCUGCCCCUCUGAUAAGGAGGAAGAAAAGUCCACAAAAGAUGUCUCUGAGAAGGAAGACAAGGACAAAGGCAGAGAAAAGGUCCCAAGGAAGAUGCUAUCCAGAGACUCCAGCCAAGAAUAUACCGACUCCACUGGAAUAGAUCUACAUGAAUUUCUUGUAAACACACUGAAAAAGAACCCAAGGGACAGAAUGAUGCUGCUAAAGUUGGAGCAAGAGAUUCUGGACUUCAUCAAUGACAACAAUAACCAGUUCAAGAAGUUCCCUCAGAUGACCUCAUAUCACCGGAUGCUAUUACACCGGGUAGCUGCCUAUUUUGGGAUGGACCACAAUGUUGAUCAAACAGGAAAAGCUGUCAUCAUCAACAAAACCAGCAGCACGAGGAUACCUGAACAGAGGUUCUCAGAACAUAUAAAAGAUGAGAAGAACACAGAAUUUCAACAGAGAUUCAUUCUCAAGAGAGAUGAUGCCAGUAUGGACCGAGAUGAUAACCAGAUGAGAGUUCCAUUGCAGGAUGGAAGGAGGAGCAAGUCAAUAGAAGAGAGAGAGGAGGAAUAUCAAAGGGCCCGAGAGAGGAUAUUUGCCCGGAAGACCGGCCAGAAUGGAUAUCUAACUGACGUCAGGGGAAACCGGGAAGGGCUGAGUCGCACCUCAAGCAGCCGACAGAGCAGCACAGACAGCGAACUCAAGUCCCUGGAGCCCCGGCCUUGGAGCAGCACAGACUCAGACGGCUCUGUCCGCAGUGUGCGACCGCCUGUCACCAAAGCCAGCAGCUUCAGUGGGAUCUCCAUCCUCACCAGAGGGGACAGCAUUGGCAGCAGUAAAGGUGGCAGUGCGGGCAGGCUCUCCAGGCCAGGCAUGGCACUAGGUGCCCCAGAAGUGUGCAACCAGGUCACCUCACCCCAGUCUGUCCGGGGCCUUCUUCCUUGUACUGCCCAGCAGCAGCAGCAGCAGCAGCAGCAGCAGCAGCAGCAGCAGCAGCUUUCUUCUCUCCCACCCACUCCUCAACAACAGCCACCCUUGAAUAAUCACAUGAUUUCACAGCCAGUCCCGGCCCUGCAGCCCUCUCCACAGCCGGUUCAGUUUUCUCCAAGCUCCUGUCCCCAGGUCCUUCUGCCAGUCUCUCCGCCCCAGCAGUACAACAUGGCAGAAGACCUCAGCAACCCGUUUGGACAAAUGAGCCUUAGCCGCCAAGGCUCUACUGAAGCAGCUGACCCCUCCUCAGCUUUGUUCCAGCCCCCACUUAUCUCCCAGCACCCUCAGCAAGCUAGUUUCAUCAUGGCUUCUGCAGGACAGCCCCUUCCUACUUCCAACUAUUCCACUUCUAGCCAUGCUCCACCUACCCAGCAAGUCCUGCCACCCCAAGGCUACAUGCAGCCCCCUCAACAGAUCCAGGUUUCUUACUACUCUCCUGGACAGUAUCCUAAUUCCAACCAGCAAUAUCGACCUCUGUCUCACCCGGUGGCCUAUAGUCCCCAGCGUGGUCAACAGCUGCCUCAAGCAUCCCAGCAGCCCGGCUUACAGCCCAUGAUGUCUAACCAGCAGCAGACGGCUUUCCAAGGCAUGCUUGGGGUCCAGCAGCCGCAGAGCCAGGGCCUGCUGAGCAACCAGAGGAGCGGCAUGGGAGGCCAGAUGCAAGGCCUGGUGGUUCAGUACACGCCACUGCCUUCUUACCAAGUCCCAGUGGGCAGUGACUCACAAAACGUGGUCCAGCCGCCUUUCCAGCAGCCCAUGCUGGUCCCUGCCAGCCAGUCUGUGCAAGGAGGCCUCCCAGCAGGAGGGGUGCCUGUGUACUACAGCAUGAUCCCACCAGCUCAGCAGAACGGCACGAGCCCUUCUGUGGGGUUUCUGCAGCCUCCUGGCUCUGAGCAGUACCAGAUGCCUCAGUCUCCCUCUCCCUGCAGCCCACCACAGAUGCCACAGCAGUACUCAGGAGUGUCACCUUCUGGACCAGGUGUGGUGGUCAUGCAACUGAAUGUCCCUAACGGACCCCAGCCCCCCCAGAAUCCAUCCAUGGUCCCGUGGAGUCACUGCAAAUACUACAGUGUGGACCAGCGUGGUCAGAAGCCUGGAGACCUGUACAGUCCUGAUGGUAACCCCCAGGCCAAUGCACACAUGGGCAGCAGCCCCGUCACAUCACCUACCCAGUCUCCAGCACCCUCUCCUGUCACGAGCCUCAGCAACGUCUGCACUGGACUCAGCCCCCUGCCUGUCCUCACACCAUUCCCCCGGCCUGGAGGUCCCGCACAGGGUGACGGGCGCUACUCGCUCCUGGGUCAGCCAUUACAGUACAAUCUGUCCAUCUGCCCUCCCUUGCUCCAUGGCCAGUCUACUUACACGGUGCACCAGGGACAGAGUGGAUUGAAGCACGGAAACCGAGGCAAGAGACAAGCACUCAAAUCUGCCUCCACUGACCUGGGGACAGCAGAUGUUGUGCUGGGACGGGUACUGGAGGUGACGGAUCUCCCUGAAGGGAUCACCCGAACAGAGGCAGACAAACUCUUCACCCAGCUCGCCAUGUCUGGUGCCAAGAUCCAGUGGCUUAGGGAUGCUCAGGGGCUGCCUGGUGCAGGCGGGGGCGACAACGGUGGGACUGCGGAGAAUGGCCGCCACUCGGACCUCGCUGCCUUGUAUACGAUAGUGGCCGUGUUCCCCAGCCCCCUGGCCGCCCAGAAUGCCUCCCUCCGCCUCAACAACUCUGUGAGUCGCUUCAAACUUCGAGUGGCUAAAAAGAACUAUGACCUGAGGAUCCUGGAGCGGGCUAGCUCGCAAUAGCUGGAGGAGGGGAGGGGCUGGCACAGUAGGAGCGAAGGCCAAGCGCGGGCGCCAAGGCGACUGACGACUGACGGUGCCCGGGCCCGAGCCUGCCACUUAUGGCUGAAGAGAGAAGCAGACAGAUUCUCACACCGCAUGGGACUCACUCCUUGCCAUGGGUCCCCCUUUUCCCUGGCUGGUCCCCUUCUGUCUCCCCCUCCUUCCCAUCUUCUAUCAUUUUUUAAAUCUCUUCUCCCACCAUGAAAUUAAUUUCUUUCAUAUUUUUGGCCAAGUAGAAUUGAGAGGCCUCGCCCUUCUCCCAUUUCAUCACCAGCCCAACCUCCCCUCCCUCUUUGGUCUUCAUGAAUAUAUUUAUAUGGACAGAAUUAAGAAAAAUAAAUUGAUUUCCCCAUU